AUGCCUGAGCUUACUCAGAUCCACCCCGAAGUUACAUGGGCUCAGCGCUCCUCCAGCACUGAUGCUGCCCGCAAUUACCUCUAUGUGAACAUCAAGGCCCCCGAUGUUGCUAAGGAAGCUGCCGACCUCAACCUCUCUUCGAACAACAUCUCUUUCACCGGAGAGUCGAAGAAGGGAUACAAGUACCAAGUUUCGCUUGAUUUAUUCGAUGCCAUCGAUGUUGAGAACAGCAAGGUGAACCACAGCGCCCGUGAGAUCGAGAUGGUCUUGCGGAAGAAGGAGCUCAAGGAGGAGUACUGGCCUCGUUUGACCAAGGAGAAGCAGAAGCUGCACUUCCUGAAGACCGACUUUGACAAGUGGGUCGAUGAGGAUGAACAGGACGAAGCUCCCGAGGAUGACUACGCAAACAACUUUGGCGGUAUGGGCGGUAUGGGCGAUAUGGGCGAGCAAGGUGGUCUUGGAAACAUUGAUUUCUCCAAGCUCGGCGCCGGCCUCGAAGGUAUGGGCGGAGCUGGUGGUAUGCCUGAUCUGUCUGCUAUGGGUGGUGAAGAGGAAGAGGAUGAUGAGGAUAUGCCCGAGCUUGAGGAGGCCGAGGGAACAGCCCCCAAGUCGUCCAAGAUCCAGGAGGUCUCUUAA